AAAAAAAUCCUGAAAUUUUUCAACACGUUACUAAAAUAUAAGCUAAAUAUUUUGUACAAUAUUUUAUAUAUAUAUUUUAAAUAUUUUUAAUAUUUUUGUGAUCUUAUGAUCUCUAUUCAAUCUAAAAUUACAAAAAUAUGUAUAAAAGUAUUUUAAUAAAUAUUAACAAAAAAUAUUCAAAUAAUUAUUAUAAAUAUUUUACAAGUAUUUAUAAAUCUUUUAAAUAUUGUGUACUGUUUGAAUUGUACACAUUUCUGUCUCAUUCGUAUUCAUGUGCGUUACAUUUAAGGUUCAUUGUAAAUAUUCACCUAUUAAUAUUAAUAUUAAUACAACUAUUCAAAUCAAAAUUAAAAGCGGGAAAUGUAGCGCGGCCGCGGCGCGCAUGGAGCAUCGAUCGAUCGAUCGAUCGAUAUAUUAUGCGAGAUCCUAACGCGUGAAGUUGACCGCGUGGAUGAGAUGACAAAGUCAUUUUAAGCUGUAUUCACGUUUUAUUUCCUUAGCAGGAUGGACCGGCUCCGAAAUGAGACAAUGGCAUUCAUUUAAUUGGUAAGCGUAACAUAUAUAUAUAUAUAGCAUAUUAACAACCUUGCGUUAUAAGUCUCGUUUGAAUGCGCAUUUCUUAGUACUUGUUCUUAAUACUCGAACGCAGAUCACAGAUCGUCGACGUACGUGUCAAUUGUGACGUAUAAAGUUGACCGCGCGAGAAAGGAAUUAACCUUCUUCUAGCCAUUUCAAUUUCGUUCCUUUCUCAUUUGCAGAGAGUGGCAAGGAUCGAACCUAGUCCUGGGGACUGUAUAUAAGGGGAACUGAGUCGGUUCCGGGAUGUGGGGACGUUUAAUUGGUGACAAUCCAGAUGUCCUGAAGAUCUGGGACAGACAUUGAGUCUCAGCGGAGCAACCUUAGGCGCGAUUGUUCUGGCAUCGGGGCUCCCAUUACGCCGUUGAUUACGUACAACUUCGGCGUCGUAACUCCCGAGGGAAGAGCGAUAUCCUGUUAAAUCGAUAACGAAAUGAUGACAGAACCACGUGCUACGGCAUGCGACUUGUACCAAGUCGCUCCUGGCCCUAUUUCGCCAUUCGAUAUUCGAAGCUGGCAUGCCUGAGGAGUACACGUCACGUCGCGCCGGGGAUAUCAUCGCUGCUACUACUGCUGUCGUGAUCGCGCACGGCCGCGCGAUUGUUUGUUCCUCUACCACCCCAUGCCACUGUCGCCAGGCUGCCGGGGAUACGAUACGUAAAUGGCGCAGGAAGUUCCUGAUACCACGUACGAGCCGGAAGUCGAGGAAGACGCGAGGCGGAGGCGCGAGCGCCGAGUUGUUCAGGAGGGCACGGCGUUAUGGAGGCGACGGAAGGAGGAGCUGCAACGUCAAAAGCACCGCGAGCAACGUGAACUGCAGGAAAUUCUGGCCAAUUACUCGCCAUGGGGUAAGCCAGGUGGCGGCGCGCCCUGCGCGGCCACCCUGCGGAAGAGAAACGUGCCUCUGGAGCCGCUCGACCCGCCGAGAUGUCACAGUUUCGGUCAGGGUUGGACGAGCAACUCGACAAUCGACAGACUAUACAAGAGGAACACGGACCCUCCGGCUGUUGUGGACGUGAAUAAAUUCUGCGAUGACAGGGCGACGCCAGGUAUCGCUUCGGAAACACAACCGGUGCAGGAUCCGAGGAAUCUCUACAAAGAGGAGGUUCAGGUGUACGAGCUUACGGGCGGUGUCGAAUUGGUACCUUUGUUAACCAGCAGGCGCCAUCAGUCGCAUCCGCAGACCAGGCGCUAUCUCGCCACGGACGCCACUCGUCCGGGAUACACGAUAGAAUCGCUUCGCGCGCUCGGCGUCGGCAAUCGGGAAUACAUCGCGGAUCUCGCCGAGCAAAUACGACGUAAGCGGGACAGGGCGAUGGAGGAACGGCGGUUCGAACAGGAGAGUUGUCGCAGGCACUACGAUACUUGGAAAAGGUUAUGGGGUAGACCGGGCCACGGUGCCCCCAUAGAUCACGCGCAGCGGAACAAUCUCUACAACAUCCUCCAUCGACCGGCUAUCUAUUGAAUUUUCUCGUAAAGCGUUUCGCCUUCGAGCGAGCGCAAAAGCGGGGGAGGUGACUCUCCGUCUCUCUGCAAAAUGCCGCCUUUUAUUAUACGAAACGAAUAAGGAGUGGAGGCUAUUAGAUACCGGCGACGCAACGUCGAGAGAUAGGGAGUAUCGUUUCCACAGGGGAUGGCGUAGCCGGGCGUAAUACAUAAACAGCCCUAUACGGUUCUUCUUCGGAGGAUGAUCGUGCGCGAGAUGCGCAUAAUAUCAUUCCUCGAAUGCAGAUUAAUAUCCAGCAUGCGGACCGCUUAUUUUCGAAGUCACGUAAUUCAAGUUCUAUAACGUACGGAAUGUAAUUACAUAAAAUUAGCCGUGAUCUGAUUUGUCGAUCCUGACAAAAAUUUUAAUCAAGAGUAUAUUUAUACGUCAUAUCCUUCAAAAUACGUCGUUCACCUAGUUAACGAGUAGAAUAUAUUAGAAGGAAAGAGGAAAAGAGUAAUUGUAAUUUCUUCAUAAUUGGAAGUAUUUUUCGAUGCUAGUAUAUAACUACGUUGCGUAAUUAAAAUGCGCGGAGAGGAAAGGCAGUGAAAAAUUGUACGAGAGUGGGAGGAGAAAAAAAUAUGUUAGCGUUGGCGUCUUUUGUUUCUUACCGACUUGACGCGAGAAAAGCAAGGAGUAUAUCGGAUAACCUAUUAAAUUUCAUGAAAGCCUUGCAAGAGAGUGAAGGGCAGCUUGAUAAACCAGGACUAUGAGUGCCGCCGCGAUUGACCAGACCUCAAAGGAGCAAUCUCGUGAGAAUCUAGUUGCUGUAUGCGGAUCGAUAGGUUUUAAAUUUCAUGAACACCAAGGAACGCGGUCAUUUGAAUAUAUGUAUGUGUAGGUGCAUAUGUGUGAUAACGCGCGCGGCGCCCGUGAAAGAAAACGUUUCUCAUCAUCAGUCACCGUGUCGUUGAAAUCUGGUUACAUUGUUACUUUGCUUUUCUUAUCUUUAUCUAAAGGAAAUUCAUGUAAUUUGAAUCCCUUGACAUUGUAGAACCCUUGUAUAAAAAGACAGCUUGGAAGUUUGGAAAUUUUAGAGCUAAGUAAAAUAUACCAGAAUGUUUUUUUAAAACGCUACAUUAGUUAUUUACUGAAAAUUUAGACGUGGGAAUUUAACGGCUAAUAAAAGCCUUUACUUUUCAGCCGUCGUAUAAUUUAAGCUGGUAUCAAAGUUACAUUAAUCUAUAAAACAUCAGUAUUUAACAGAGAAGAUUUUGUUACGAAUAAGUGAAGCGGGGACGUGUCAUUCUUUUGGCUUGGAUUUUGAACCAGCAGAAUAUCAGAAAUAAUUUUAUUCUAAUCCUUGAUAACUUUUGACUUUUUAAUAUUCUUGGUAAUUAGUUGUCGCAAUUAAUGCUCAUGGCGCAUUUUAAGGCAGCGUAAUUACGAAUAAACACGCUGUAAUGUUUGUGGUGAGAUGCAUUUUUAAUGACGGCAGCUAAAUGACGUAAAAACGCGUAUAAAAUGGUUUGCAGCAAUCGUUUGUACGAUAAAACUGUUUGUAAAAAAUCCGUGUUUUAUAAUUUUAAAUAUUAAAAAAAAGUUAACAUAUGUUACGGAUUAACGAUGUUUAUUAAUUUGUUCGAUCGUUAUUUAAUUACUUUGAUGCUAUUAAGUAAGCUAUUGUGAAGAUAAAUUAUAUUUUGUUAAUUACACUGUUUAAAAAUUCAACGUACAUGUAUAAGUGCAGAUGCAAAGUGACGCAAAGUAUUGAUUUUAGUAAGCUCUCCUUGCUUGUAUAUUUACACCUCAAAAUAAGUGAUAAUUUAAAUACACACAACUAAGAAUUGAGAACGUCUCGAGAAAUUAUGCAUUCGGGUUAGAGAUCUUUUUUUAGCUCAAGCGUCGUAAGUGCAUUAUAAUUAUUAUCUUGCCAUGAAGAUGCGGUUUACAUCUUUAAAGAUGAGGUCGAUUGUCGAAAAUAUCUUCGUGAGAAUCAACGACAAAAACGAUCCCAGCGGCGCAUCAGGUUCAUUUAAAAUUCGUCAGACAGUAAAUUUGAUUUGGAUUAUCUGCAAAAGCGAUUAAUCCUCUUUCCGCCGAACGAAAUCUGCGAUUUUCAACUUAAGACGCGAGAAUAGAACGCCGCGAGCGGUGAGGGAGAUUUUCGCGCGCGAAUCAUAAAUUAUCGAUCCGUGCGAUACUUGCUCGCUCUUAUCUAAGCGAUUUGCGUAAUACGUUAAUUAGACAUUAAGUGCUCGGCAACCGGGUACGAACCCGGAAGAGUAACGGCAACGCCUUUAAUGGAUGUAGGUUAUUUAAUUUGCGCGGGACGCGGUGAAGGGGGAAGGAAGAGGAGGGAAAGAGAGAGAGAGAGAGAGAGAGAGAGAAGGGGGAUGAUAUUUGGCGGUACGGCUCGACGCGGUUUGUACACGGAAAGGCGCACCUUCAUCCAGCUUCCGUCUGGAGAGCGCAGUUUCAUCCCUCCAUCCCGUCCUCCCCCGUCACCUUCGUUCUCUCCUCGCCACCUGUACACGCUCCAUGCACGGAGCGGAGGGGGAAACGACCCACGAAGUCUCCCACCUUCCACCUUGUGCAUCUCCCGAGUGCUCGCAUCCCUAUCCGCUAUUCUCCUCCCCUCUUUUGUCCCUCCCCACCCCUCCCGCCCCCUCCAUGCUCCGUCAUCCAGUCCCUCUCGCUAGCUACCCACCGCCAGCAACCACCCGCGCUUUUGCUAUUGUCUCACUAUUGUGCCGCUGUUACCGCGGUGUGUCGGUUCGUUUGUAUAAGGGUGAUUCAUUUUCUGGGAAAUAUCAGUUCCUGCGCCGCAUGAAUUUCGACUCACGCGAGCGCGUAAAACCGCUCUCUGAGCGGGGGAGGGUUUUCCCUAUUUACAUCCCUCCCUUUCUCUCUCUCGUUUUGUCGUCAAGCGCGAAUUAAGCCUUCCGUGGACCUUUCUCCAGACAAACACAUAAAUGCAUGUAUAUUCUCCUCUUGGAGACGGUAUUUCACUUGGGUGCUUUAUGUCCCCGGCGAGCAUAUUCCCCCGGGAGUAAUUUUGUAAAUUAAAAUUGCGUCUUUUGGUACUUCGUUAUCGUCUCACGAGCUCGUAAACUUUCGCGGCUUCCCUGGAAAGUCGGUCGUCGUCCUCUUCCGCGCGGUAAUUACAGAAAUUACAGAAGUCUAAUGCAUUAAUUCCGAUGGACAAAUCGGCGAGGCGUGGUUACCAUUCGACGCGAAGCAAAAAUACGCGCGAGCGAGUACUUCCCCCCCCCCUCCGUCCCUUUUGCGUUUAGCGCGUAAGUAUAAAUAACCGUCGUCGGCGCUCAUAAACCGGUGCCCCUCUAAAUUGCGGAACCCCAACGGCGCUCGGCUGCUGCUGCCGCAGCUCGGUAGCGAUAAAACGGUCCGCCUCUCCCAUUUCCAUUUUCUCUGCCCUGUCCCUGUGUGUUUGUUUGCGUCUCGUUUGCACGCGCUCGCGCUCGGCUGGCGGGGGUUGCAUUGUUACGAAAUUAGGUCGUCCGCUUACGCUGCAAUGAGAUACGCGGACGACUCGUCCCGGUCGUCGCGCACCACGAAAAUUGGUCGCGUUUCGUCUUUCCCGCCGCGGACAACGUCCCCCAUCCCCCGCUGGACGAGUCACAAAGAAGCGCCGAGAACGGUAAUCCCCUGCCCGGGAGAAUGAAGCUAUCAGCUCUCCCCUUCUCCCUCGCGGCACGUAAUUGACAAAUGGCAGCGACUACAACGAUUUAAGAAUAUUUCAAGCAAAUGUAUCCCUCGCGCGUAAGUCUCGACGGUUAAAUACGGCGACUCGGGAUAUCUCUCAGUGAGUCAGUACACCGAGAAAAAAAACUUGUUAAUUUGACUCAAGCUUUUCAACUUGAUUAAAUUCCUUCAAUUCAAGUGUUUAUGCGUUUCAAUGAAAUAUAUAAAUAUUUAAAAUUGGAGUUCAAAUAUUUUACAUAUUUAAGUUAAAUGGAUGAAUAUUUGAACUGAAGAGGUUUAAUCAAGUUGGACAAUUUAGUCAAAUUACAUUUUUUUUUAUCAGUGUACGUAAAAAAAUUGAAUCUUAGAGAUGGUUUUGAAGGCAAGCAAAAAUAAAGAUCGCAUGAACGUGCUCAUAUUUCUUUUUUGAAAAACAAUACUAUCUGUACAAUUGCUAUUUGUAGUUUAAUUGUUCGAUCAGUAGUAGCGAUUGGCACACAAUACUGCAAUUGUUACAAUAGAGUAGAUUGUGAUCGAUCGGAUAAUAUUCAUAAAAUAUUCACCGCCGCUACAGAGAAUGUGUCACACAUGCGGGCUUUGUUUCGCAAUGUUAAAGCUCCGCUGCGCAUCAUCACUAUUAGACGUUAUUUACCGUCGAAAAAUAAAAUUAAAUAAAUUUUUUUCAUGAGCUCGUUAGAAUUCAAUUUUUCUCAAAGAGAAUCGGCCUUAAUUUAAUCGUUUAAUUUUGUAAUAGCAUCUACAAAAUAUGUGCGUGUUCAUAAUUUAUAAUCCGUCUAUGCAGAGUUAAUAAUUAUGAUAAAUCGUAAUGAUAAUACUAAUGUGUAUUUGAUUGUACGGAAAAAGAACAGAGAAUCUCUCUUCCAUAAAAAAAGACUCUUUGAUGUAAUGAGAUUUGUGUACACAGCUGCUCUCUGAACAAUCGUACGAAUGAGAACGGGGAAAAAUGUCGUUCAAUGUAGAGGGAUGAUUAACGAGCCAACUCUAAUAGGCACUUUAGCUGUACUUAAUUAGAAAUCGCGCAAUUUAUUCCGCAAACGUGCGGGAUAUGAGGCAGCUUCCUCGCCACCGUGCCACCCUUUCAUGCGAUCUACACGUAUACGCGUCCUGUACUUUCGCAUGCUAAUUCCUCCCGAUAGCUUUAUUUACUAUCUUAACUUUCACGUCAGCUUCGUAAAAGGAUCAUCCCGCGUUUUCUCGCAUCUAAGAAUAAGUAUCACAUUACGUUACAAUGAGUAAAAAAAAAACAAUUAGACUUGUUUAUAAAAAUUUUUGGCAGUUCUCGCUUUUUUAUUCUAACGAGGACAAUGAUUUUCGGUGAAACGGCAAGAAUAUGAGAACUUUUCUCGCACAUAUCGGUCCGGAAGCUGGACUCGGAGCACUCCGUCUGAUAGAUCUCGUCUUAAACAAAAUAAAUAGGAUCAUUUUUCACGAUUCCUGCGAUCACGGUAAAAGCUCGUAGACUAAGAUUAAUUCAAUGAAGCGGCGCGAAUGCGUUAGGAAACUAUACCACGAUGAAUCCAUUGUGUACAUUUUACUUAUGUCGAACACGCCCAUCGCCGCGAUUCAACGGGUAAUUUCUGUAAAAGCUGCUGCAGUGACUUUACUCGAUAAAGUGGCCCCCCAGCAGCCGACGUUGUUUCCGUGCUUUAAACUACAAACCGCCAGAAUGAAUCGCGAAUAUAUCGCGCGAAGCAUCACGAUUUUAUUCAAUAAAGCAAAACUAGGAUACCGCGACGGUUUAUCUCAAUGAGGUCAAAGAGUUUCAUGAAGUGUGAAUUUCCAUUAAACGUAUUUUCUGUACCGUCUAUGAAUAUGGCAUGUGUCUAUAAAUAUCGUUUUUCAACAAAUUGUGCGACACGUAAUGUACGUUCUAAAAAAAAAAAAAUUUAAUAACCAAGAACUUGAUAUAUUUGGGAGUAAGAUAUUAAGAGUCGUCGGUUCAAUGAUGUGUCUUACUACUGAACGGUUCAAUAUUAUAUUUUUAUUGCCUACACUGUGAGAAUGGUACUAAACUAAUUGUUACUACAUGCACGUACGGUAAAAUUUAUAAAUUUAACUUAAUUAAUAUAAUAUAAGCACGUAAAAUAUUCAUCGUAAUUAGGUGUAUUUUCUCUAUAAUUACUCACUGUAAUUAAAGGUUUAUACAAUUUCAAUUCCAUUGGUUUCAACGGGUUUUGUUUCAAGUAUCUCAUUUAGAGUUUUUACAUUUUUAACAUUUGCAUGUUAGGAUUUCUGUUUUUAAUUUUCCUGGGGGAAGAGGAGGGAUCUUCCAGUGCAUUAGAUAAUAACGUACCAGCGUGCUCGUCACAAAAUUCGCGGCAGAAAUUCACAGAAGGAUAAUAUAUUUCUGUUAUGUCACAAUAUAGACAUCCCAGUGAGCUAACGUUAUUUGUCGUCAUUUCAACGUCAAAAUGACAUCUUUGACGACAUUUUAACGAUAAGGUAAUCUAGCUUGUUUCCUGAGAGAUUUAUUUAAUUGUGACCUCGCAUGUAUAUUUAAAUAACUUUAAGAAUUUAUAGAACAGUAAUUGGCACUUGAACAGCGAAUAACACUCACUGUACAAUAAUACCGUAAUAAAUUAUACAAGAUGCAA